CGACACCCAGAAAAUUUGCUUGCUCAGCCCUACCUGUUAAAGAAUCCGACUUUAAUUCCUCCAGAUUUCGAACUUCUUAGUUUCUUCCUCAAAUGGGACUCUCCAUCAACGGCAGUUCAACUUCCUCGGUGCCACAAUCUCACCGACGCACUCACAAAAUCUUCCUCCUAUCCAACUACAUUCUUCUCGGAGCAGCCUCCAGUUGUGUCUUCCUCACCCUCUCCCUCCGCCUAAUUCCCUCACUCUGCGGCUUCUUCUUCAUCCUUCUUAAUGUCGUUGCCAUUGUCGCCGCCAUCUGUGGCUGCUCCGUUGUUACCACCGGCUCCAACAAAAGGUAUGCAGCCCACAUGGUGGCCACGGUGCUAACGUCAAUUUGUCAGGGCUCUGUCUCGGUGUUAAUCUUAACCAGAACCGCCGAUUUCUUGGGUUACUUGAAAUCUUAUGUUAGGGAAGACGAUGGGGUUGUUAUUCUGAAGCUGGUCGGCGGAUUGUGUGUGGUGGUUUUCUGUAUGGAGUGGGUGGUGCUGACACUUGGAUUCCUGGUGAGGUACUAUGCCUUUGUGGAGGGUUCGGAGCAGAGGAUCGCCGGUGCCGGAGCUAGAGAAGAGGACCUGAAAAAUUGGCCAUGGCCUUUCCAAGUUCAAGUUUAGAAGAGCAUCUUCCUUCCAUUAACUAAUGAUAUUAUUCAAUCCCCAAGAAUUCUUUAUUUACAGAUUUCCCACUUGUAUUUCUUUUUGUAAAAUUUAUAAAUUAUUUAUUCUUUA